AUGCCUCCCGAUGCAGCACCCGAACCCGACGCGAAUGUUGUCGAGCAAGUCCGUUCACAAGUGCUCGACCUCCUCCAUCCCCGCUACGACACCCAUUUCAACAUUCUACGAUGGUUACAAUCAUGUGAAUAUAACGUGCCGAAGACAGUUCACAACCUUCGGAAACAUCUGAGGUGGAGAAGAGAACGCCAUCUGGACGAGGAUGGUCGUGGCCUUCAAAGUUGUGCUGUGACAGCUGAAUAUGCGCCAGUCUCGAUUAUUGGACCAAAUCGGAAAGACGGAGACCGAUUAAUCGUCGUUGACCAAAGCGGUCGGAUCGAUAUCGGAGGAGUGAUGAAAUCGAUUCAGCCGACUCAAUACCUACAUCAGUUAUUCCGUAAUUUCGAAAAAAUGCUGACAAUCUUGAAUGAGAUGGAAGCGAAGAACGGGGUGUUCAACUGGCUCUGUAUACUACAUCUUCUCGAUGCUCUGAAGAUCUGCACGUUUCGAUCCCUCGCUUCUAGGAAUCCUCAGCGGAGCGCUAUUUCGCCAUUUAUACCGGAGAGGUGCCCAUAUAGUGAAUAG